UGGAGAUUUUGUGGCUUUAGUUUUAGAUUUUAUAGGUGUAUAAUUAUUUUCAAAUUUUGAAAACACUAAAUAUAAAACUGUAGAAAAAUUGAUUUAUAAACCAAUCUAUUUCCUUUCUAAGAUUUUUGGUUGUAGUUUUAGAUUUUUUUAAUAAAGCAUCUUUGGUAAUAAAAUUGGCGGUAAAAAAAAUUAAAAUCCGUUCAAAGCACUUACCGUUCGUCCCCAAAGUCAUGAAUUCGCUAGCGUCUAUAAUUGAUUGACAAGGACAAGUUUAUAUUAUACGAACAAGACCAAAGCCUGCUUGCUACUUUAGUUUCUGUACGUUCUUAUAGAGAUAAGGUUAACCUCCACCCCUCAAUAUGGAAGUUAUUCCAUCUCCUUAUCUCUAUAGUUCUUGAGAUUCAACGAAUGCUUAGUAUUCUUCUUCUUCUUUCCAUUUUGUUCUUCUCUUACUUUUUUCUUCUGUUGAAACACGAUGGGGAACGUACUUUCAAACGGCUUUCAAGCUGCAACAAGUUUUUUUCUUGAAAAGGCCAAGUAUAUACUCGAACUGGAAGAUAAUCUUGAGGCUUUGCAAGAGGUUGCGAGACGCCUCAAAGCAAUGAAGGAUGACUUGCAGAACCAACUCGAGAUGGAAGAACGAAAAGGUUUGCGAGCGCUAGAAGAAAUUAAGGUAUGGCUUUCAGAAGUCAAAGCCAUCCAACCAAAGGUCACUAAACUGCUUGAAGAUAGGACUUCAGAAAUCGAAAGAUUGUCUAUGUACGGGUACUGCUCCAGCAACUUCCUUUUAACAUAUCAUUAUGGUAAAAAUGUAUUUGAAACGUUGGAGAAAGUACGAAGUAUUUUGUCCUCAAAACCUUGUGGCGAGGUGGUGGCUAGGAGGAUUCUUCCACCUGGUGUAAAUGAUAUAGACACUCAACGCACAGUCGGUUUAGAGAAGACGCUCGAAGAUGCAUGGAGCCUUCUCAUGGAGAAGGAAGUUGGAAUCUUGGGUAUUUACGGUAUGGGUGGAAUAGGGAAGACCACACUUCUCAAACAAAUCAAUGAGAAGUUACUUGAAAAAAAAGAUGAGUUUGGGGUGGUGAUAUUUGUAGUGGUGUCUCAAAACCUACAAGUUGAAAAGAUCCAAAAGGAGAUCGGUAAAAGACUAGGCCUCUGUGACGAGGAGUGGGAGAAAAAAGACCAAAAGGAGAAAGCCACUUGUAUAAAAGAAGUUCUUACAAGUAAAAGAUUCGUUAUGUUGUUAGAUGACAUAUGGGAGAAAGUGAAACUACAAGAGAUUGGGAUUCCAUUUCCCUCAGCAGAUAAUGGAAGCAAGGUUGUGUUUACCACUCGCUCGAAAUACGUUUGUGGGCGUAUGGGAGCUCAUGACUUGGAAGUCAAGCAACUAGACCAGAAGAAUGCUUGGGAACUAUUCCGGCAGAAAAUUAGAGGUACCACACUAGACAGUGAUCCAAAGAUCCUCGAGCUAGCAAAACAAAUAUGUGCGAAAUGUAAAGGCUUACCACUUGCACUCACCGUUAUUGGGGAAACAAUGUCCUACAAAACGUCAGUACGUGAGUGGCAGUGUGCGAUUGAUGAUCUGGAUUCAAAUGCCGACAACUAUCCAGAAGUUAGAGAUGAGAUUCUUAAAAUUCUCAAGCUUAGCUAUGAUGAUCUUAAGGACGAGACAUUACAGCAAUGUUUCCAGUAUUGUGCUUUAUUUCCAGAAGAUAAAGAAAUUUAUAAAGACGAGUUGGUCGAGUACUGGGUAUCCGAAGGGAUCAUAGAUGGAGAUGGAGAGAGAGAAAGAGCUAUGAACCAGAGUUAUAAGAUAAUCGGUAUCCUCGUUAGUGCAUGUCUAUUGAUGCCUGUUGACACUUUAGACUUUGUAAAAAUGCAUGAUGUGAUUCGCCAAAUGGCUCUUUGGGUUGCGUCUAAUUUUGGGAAAGAGGAAGAGAAAUUUAUCGUCAAGACAGGAGCUGGACUGCAUCAGAUGCCUGAGGUUAGGGACUGGAAUGCGGUGAGAAGGAUGUCACUGGCAGAAAAUGAGAUUCAGAACAUCGCCGGGGAUGUAUCCCCGGUGUGUCCUAACCUGACCACAUUGUUGUUAAAAGACAACAAGCUGGUGAACAUCUCAGGUGAUUUUUUUCUAUCGAUGCCUAAGUUAGUGGUUUUGGAUCUAUCUAACAACAAAAAUCUAACCAAGCUGCCAGAAGAGGUUUCAAAGUUAGUGAGCUUGCGAUUUCUUGACUUAUCACAUACAAGUCUAGAGAACUUGCCUGUAGGAUUGGGAAAGUUGAUUCAGUUGAGAUAUUUUUAUUUGACAGGCGUACGAACUCUUGAAAGCAUCAGUGUGAUAUCAAGUUUGGUAAAUAUAGAAAUGCUAUUCUUACAUGAAGGUACUUUUUUAAGUCUGGAGUUGAUAGAGGAUAUAAAGUUACUGAAGAAUUUGAAAGGCUUGGGAGUAAGUAUCAAUGAUGUGGUUGUUUUAGAACGUCUUUUAAGUAUCCCCAAAUUGGCUAGAUGUAUCGAUGCUAUAUCACUGGAUGGAGUUGUAGCAAAAGACGGUCCGUUGCAGUUUGAAACGGCUAUGACUAGCCUUCGCUAUAUCAUGAUAGAAAGGUGUAUCAUCUCUGAUAUAAUGGAUCAUACGAGAUAUGGAUGCACAAGUACAAGUGCCAUAUGCUUCCAAAACCUCGGCUAUGUCAACAUAUCUGUCGUCAGUUGUAUACAGGAUUUGUCGUGGUUAAUCUUUGCUCCGAAUCUUGCGGUUGUAUUCGUAGAGGGGCCAUCACCGGAGUUGCAAGAAAUUAUAAGCAGAGAAAAGGUCUGUGGUAUACUAAACAAGGGGUCGAGUAUUGUACCGUUUAGAAAACUACAUACGAUUUACUUAGAAGAUUUGGAGGAACUGAAGAGUAUCUACUGGGAACGGUUGGAAUUGCCAAGUCUGAAGAGAAUGGAAAUAAAAUACUGUCCAAAGCUGAAAAAGCUUCCAUUAAGCAAGGAGAGGGCAUACUACUUUGACCUACAUGAAUACAAUGAAGAAUGGUUUGAAACACUUGAGUGGGAAGAUGAAGCUACUGAAGAAUAGGUGGAUCAAUCCGUAUCAGGUUCGCUCUCAAAAUGGACAUACAACUACACAUCUCAAAGCUUCUGAGACAACCCAUUUGUUGAGUUGCAACGUUUGUCUUCAGCUCUCCUGUAAUUGUAUCGUAUUAUCUUUUCUCAUGUUAUGAUUUUUUUGAAAUUUGGUGUGAAGAAACUUGUGUGCGCCUUGUGUGUUUUUCUUUUCUUCUUUCUGAGGCUUUAUAGACACAAGUGUGAGUGAUACCUCAAAACACUUUGUACCAAAAUUAAAUAAAAUUGUUGUGUGAUGCUG